AUGGCUGCAAAAUUCUCAAUAAAAUUUGCAGUCUUAAUGAUUUUAUUGAUCGCUGUAGAAAUAAUACCAAUACAGUUACAGGAAGGCGAAGAAUUGAAAGAGAACAACGUAGAAGGUUCGCAACUGAAUCAGUGCUUAAGUGUUUCAGGACGUUCUGAAAUCGGUGUUUGCUUUGGUAAAGAAUUGUUGAAUAAAUUAAACGAUUACGAUGAAACAGAGGCUUUUAGCUUGGCAACUGGCGUGUCUUUUGUUAGAGAUGAGAAGACCCCCAGGGAUUUUGGCAGUUUUCUUGAUAAAGAUCCUAUGGACUUCCGGUCUAUAAUGGAAGACGCCGGUAAUCUAAUAUCAAAACGUUCAUUGCAUUGGGAUCUAGGAACAUUUUACCCUGGACUGGUUAUGAGAAUAGGCCCUACGCUAGCUAAUGGUGUUUUAGAAUUUGUUAUUGAUCCUAGAAUAAAAGACAGAACGUAUCACCAACAAGGAGAAUUAUCAACUGGACGAUUAUUGGCAAGAAACAUAUUGGUACCAUUUCUAUUGGGUCUUAAAUUUCAUAUUACAACACUUUUGCCUUUGUUACUUGGUCUAUUAUUACUGGCCAGUAAAAAGGCAUUCCUGUUGGCAAAAGUGGCUCUCUUAGCUGUAACAUUGUUUAGUGGCGGAUCAGCUUGGAGCGGGCAUGAUUAUUUUAGCAGUUUUGGAAGUCCUACCCUUUCUUCAUAUAGCUCUCAUGAGAACCUUGGACAAUAUCAAGGAUACUAUCGCGACCACAAACACCCUUACAGCGGCGAUUACUACUAUAAAGAAAAAGCAGUAGAACCAUCUACAGCCUCUCCCAUAACACCCGAUGAACUAAGAGAUAGAUUGGAAAGGUUAUUUGUAACAAAGAAAGAAAUUAAUGAUCAAAGAGAAGAAACGAAAAUAAGGAAUGCAAGAAACUUCGCUUGGACACCGAUCAUUUAA